AUGAAUAGCCAGCCAUUCCAACCCGGUUUGCUGUAUGACACGACGCUGAAUCGCAACGUUUCCGGACCCAUCACGACCGCUCAUCUUUCCGUAUCAUCUUCGACCCUUCCGGCCGCCAUGAAUAAAAUGCCGACCGAUGUCUUUUCUCCGGUAGUGUCCCAGCCCACUGCGCUCUCUUCUGCGUUUCCUUACGCCCUCACUCCUAUCGGUAAAUCGCCUGCAUUCGAACCACAGAACUCGAGUCUGAGCCGCAUUCCGGAUUCGGAAAGAGCACCGUCUGGAGUCAACAAUGGGAAUGUUACCCCUUCAAAUAAUGUCAGUGGUGGUCAGACUGCAAUUCUGAUGCGAAACCUCCCGAAAAAUACCACUGACGAAACACUUCGAUCCAUGCUCGUGUUCGCAAAGGAUCUUAUCAGCGCGAGUCUCAUUUCGAAACAAAACCCCGAGGAUGGGACAUUUGAGACUGCAGUCGCAUUUUUCAAGUCACGUUCUGCUGCCGAGGAAGCGCGGGAUAUGUUAGAUGGAAAACGAAAUUUUACAGACGAAGCGGAUAUGGUCGUCGAGCUUCUUUCAGAACCUCCAGCCUUGCAUAGGAGGAACACAAUCGACCAAAUUCCACGCUCAAACGUUCACAAUCCGCUUUCGCAGGUUUCACCUCCAGGGUUAAUGUCGCAUUCUAGCCUCCUAUCUAGAUUCGAUCAGGGAAUGAUAUCAAAUGGCGGCAUCAGUCACAAUGAAUUUCAGUCACCCGAUCAAGCGUCCAGGCUCCAGUCCCUAUUUUCCGCCCAAUCUCCGCUUGGUGAUGGUCUGAACGGCCGCCCGCGCGUUAGCGGCAAAUCAGUCAUUGAUCAAGAGGUGGAUGAAGAUACCGGAGAGCUUUUGAAAGAUCCAAUUGCAUAUGCCCGAAAUGGACACUCCGGUUCUAUGAUGAUGCCACGGCGGUCUACCAAUCCUCCAAUACCUCUUAACCACUUUGCAAACUUGAGCCUGUCAACCAACUUGACUUCUCCCUCUUUGCAAUCUUUCGGUAGUGGAAGCUCCACGCGGCCUACGCCUUCUAGCGCAAUGUCGCCCAACUUUCCCAACCUUGGCCAGAAUAACGGGUAUCACCACUCGCCGUUUCACCGGCUUAAUUAUCCUCCCGUGAACCCAGCCGACCAAAACCCACCGUGCAAUACGCUGUAUGUCGGCAAUCUCCCGCCAGACACCUCUGAAGACGAACUCAAGGCUUUGUUUUCCAAGCAACGAGGGUAUAAACGGAUGAUUUUCCGACAAAAGCCCAACGGACCAAUAUGCUUUGUCGAAUUUGACGACAUAUCUUGGGCGACUAAGAGUCUCAAGGAGCUCUAUGGCUACGAACUUUCGAAUAGUAUCAAGGGUGGUAUUCGAUUGAGUUUCUCGAAAAAUCCUCUCGGGGUUCGAAAUAGCCAAGCUGGGAAUAUGCACCCUGUCAGUCCCAUGACUCCACACACAACUAUGAACACAGUCAAUGGGCCCGGAUUAAUCGGCACGCCUCGAUUUUCGACAGCGAACGGACCGCCUCCUGGUUUGAGUGCGCCGCCAGGUUUACCGAUGCCUCUGGGGAUGGCAGUUAAUGGUCUCCCAUCUCCUCACCCGGUACUCAACAACUCCGCCACGAGCGGAUUCGGUCCUAAUGUCGGCCUUGGAAUUGGGAUCAACCCCAUGGGAAACGGCAUGGGUCGAAUGAGACAACCACCCGUAAAUGACCCGAUACUUGUUAAUCAGGCAACGGGACCUGCUCUCGGGGCGAUGAGCGGUUCAGGAUACCCUGAUUAUAUGAUGGGCCGUUAA